UUUUGUGGGUCCUGCAAAGAUCUCGAGCUUUGAUUUUUAAUUGUCUCUGACAAGUUCUACUGAUCUAGAUCUGAGUGAUAGACAAGCAUCAAUCGAAUAGAUGAGGAUGUCUUCUCUCGAGAAAAUUGUACGUCCAUAAAAAGAAACACAAAGUGCUACAUCAACAACGAUAAAGAUAUCGGAAAUUUUGUCAAGGAUUUCGCGAGCCCUGCAAGAUCAUGAUCUUCAUUUUUUAAUCAUAAUUACUUGAUGGAACCUGUAGAUUAAUCAUAGAUACUUGGUGAAGAUAGAAUGAUUUUUAAUCACUGAAGAAACUCUACAGAUUUUUUAUAAGGACAGUGAUCAGACUUUAGACAGAUACCAAUUAAAUAGAUGAGGCUACUUCUCCCGAGAAAAACGUUCAUGAAAAGAAACAAGAAGGACUAUAUAUCAUUUGAUAACCGCAGUGUCGUCCGUGCGUUUCAGUUAUUAGUUGAUUGCUCGAUCGCGAUUUCCUUCGCCAGCUAAAAGCCGAUUAGAGCACGGCCGAUGCUUAUCGAGGUCUGCUGACAAUUGUUCUCCAUCGACUGCAUUGCGGCUACAAUGACACCUCAUUCGUGCAUCGUUAUGGCAUCGACACAUCGCAUUAGACGGUAGCGCACGAUCGAGCGAAGUCAAUCGACUAAGCACACCUUCGUGUCCUUACACAAGGCUGUUCAUCGAUCACAUCGAUCCUCCUGUCUGACCUUCUCUCUAACUUUCUCUACCUCUCUCGGGCGCAACAUGUGGCGGGUGGUGGUCGCGCGUUCCGACGACAACAGCACCCUGCUGUCCUCCGAGAUCACUUCCAGCGCGGUCGCGCCAGGUCACCUGUCGACGCUGCCGACGCCACCGUCGGGUCACCAUUGGGGUUACCCGCCACCGCCGCAUCAUCCCCCGUAUCAGCCGACGCCGCAGCAUCCAGACAUGCGUCACCAUCAUGACAUGCGUCCUCCCGCCACCCACGGCGAUCUGCGACACACUAUCACGACUGGUCCAGGUGACCUCAGGAGUCAGGAAUUGCGACACGAGAUGCAGCGGCCGGACCUGCGACAUUCGACGGAGAUGCAGAGGCACCAGGAGUUGUCCAGGCACCAGGAGUUGUCCAGGCACCAGGACGUCCGGCAUCAGGACAUAUCAAGCAUGAGACCAGAGAUGCCGGAGUUGCGCUCUAAUCACGAGUUCUUAGAACUGAAGAUUGAUACGGAAUUGAGAAGUCAAGAUAACAGUCAGCAACAGCAACAACAGCAGCAGCAACAGCAGCAACAACAGCAGUCGCAGCAAAGUCAGGGACAUCAGCAGAGGAAUCUGAAAAGGACCAUGAGCGAUUCAGACUGCGACGACGUAUUCUCGGAGGAGAGCGGCAAAGAGCCAUGCAACUCGCCCGGUGGAGACUCAUGCCAGCACGCGUCGCGGAAACGCAGGAGGGGGAUGAUCGAGAAGAAGCGGCGCGACAGGAUUAACGCGUCCCUCGGUGAGCUGAGGAGAUUGGUCCCGGCAGCGGCGAGGGAUCCUCACAGCGGAAAGCUGGAGAAGGCUGAGAUUCUGCAGCUUACCGUCGAGCAUCUGCGCACACUUCGCAGCAAGGGACCAGAGGGCUACGAUAGCACGAAGCUGGCUAUGGAUUACCACGCAGUAGGCUGGGGCGAAUGCGCCGCCGAGGUCGGUCGCUAUCUGGUGACUAUGGAGGGCCUGGACGAGAGAGAUCCCCUUCGACUGCGUCUGCUGUCGCACCUGCAGAGCUUCCAUCGAGAGCAUCCGCCGUCGGCCGUAUCCUCGGCGGUGCCUUCCGCUCCCACGACAUUGACGUCCACCUCCACUGCCAGCAGCUACGAACCACCGCCGAGCACGGUCUCCGCCGGAAUGCCGCCUGGUCCGGGUGCCAUGCCGCCGCUUUUGGGCGGCGGCACCCUCGGCUGGGGCCAGUAUCCCGGACAAUAUCCCCAGCAGCAGCACGGAAAGCCUUACCGACCCUGGGGCGCGGAAUUGGCGUACUGACCGUGAACCUUUGAUUCGCAAUCAAUAAAGGUUUGGCGCAAGAGCGGUGUAAUUCGAAAAAAAUAUCGUUUUAAUGUGAUUUCGCCAUUUCGCUACUUUUCUUUUUCUCUUAUAAAGUUUUAUAUAUAAAAUGCGAUACGUAAGUGGUUUCCCAAGCAGGUAAUAUAUUACGAUAAUAUCAAAAUGAUAUUAGAAUGAAUCGUGACUCAUCGAAAAGUGACUUUUAAUAAUCAUUUUGAAAUCAUUUGAAUGCCAUCAUGACUUGUUUUGAUAUCAUCAUGACUUGUUGUCCUGCUUAGAUCUG